CCUGCGCAAGGGGCAGCGCUGCUUCCCUGGGCAGUCACCGAUGGUUCCAGGGGCACCGGCGGCACGAGUGGGCUGGCCACGCUCUGCACCGGCUGGGAGGGGAGCCCUGCCCCGGCCCCUCGGAGGGGUGUUGGGGAGGAACGGCGGCCGCUCCUGGGGCAGCGCCAGAGCCUCACACCUUGCCUACACCCACACUGCAGUAGGUGGCUCUCUCGCAGGUUUUGUGAGAUCCUCCUAAACCAGAACACACAUCUCUCGUCAUCCUAACAGAUCAGAACUAUAAAUGAAAACCACAACCAUGCUCGAAAUCCAACAAACCUCACAGGAAUGAUACAUCUGCACAACAAGCUAAAGGUAGCCACAGCCACUGUAAGAGAUUCACUCAAGGCCAGUGGCUGAAACUUUUUGGAGGAAGAAUUUUGCAAGCAACAGGCUUUUUGUGCCGUAACUUGGCAGAUGUUCCUGGAUCUCUGACAGGAAGGGCGGGGAGAGGGCAGUUCCCCAGCCCUGCUGCUGGAAAGGCACCACAUCUCCUCAGAGGCACAGCGGACUGCUCUGCACAGCACCCACCGACAGCACACAAGAAGCCGUUCACAAACAGGCACAGGUACACUUCGCUUUGGUUCAAAAAUUCAUCCAGCUGCCACAGAAUGUUUAACAGAGUCACCCAAUCCAUAGUAAAAGAAAUGGAUCCAAAAGGAGACAGAGACCUGGUCCCUGUUCACAGCAGCUUCAAACAUGAACAUUUCAAACUCCUCUGUCUGGUGACAAGAAAAAAAAAAAACGUGUUCCACCCAUUUCACUGCUACAGACGGACAUGGUACAAACUCGACGACAUACUGCUGCCUGGAAAAUACAGUAACAGCACAGAGUCUCUCUUUCCCAGCGGAGGCAGUCAAGAUGCAAAAACAUUCACAAUCAAACAAAACACCUGUGACAGAGUUGAUGGGAGCCUAAACCUCUCUGUUGCCACUACGAGCCUAGAGCUGAAUGGAGUUGCCUCCUUGUCCAAAGAGUGGUCCAUCAAGCUGGAGAAGAAGCACAUAGAGGUAUCAAAACUUGAGCCACUGAGAACAGAAAGAAGAAUUAAUAUGAAUCACUCCUUCAUUCAACAACUACGGAAAAAACAACACAAAUUAUACGUGGUUUGUGAAACACUAGAAACCUCCGAGGAGACCAGCUACGAGGAGUCCUCCAAGGCAGAGGGGAGCUUAAUGGCCCAGCUGUACACCAAGUUUUGUGCAAAGGGCACCAGAGAGAGCGAACAAAGCAUAACUAUACCCAAGGGCUGCACUGUGGCCUUCAGUGCAAUCCAGCUGGUCAUUGAGGACAAACCAUGGGAUCCUGGAUGUUUUCAAAGCAUUACGGUCAGAAGUACAGUUCCUGGGCCUGUACAAAGAAAGCUGAGCACACGUGCAGCUCCCUCAGAAGGGAAUUUAGGAGCACUGGAGGAAGAAGUUAAAUGGAACUGUCAAAUUCUCUCCAUGUUGUCUUCUGAUCUGGCCGUCAUAGUUUUAAAAGCCAUCAAAGCUGCAAUGAGAGACAGGAAGCUCUUUCAAGAACUGACCCAGAGGAUGCAAGCCCUUCUUGAUGAAACUGCUAGUUGUGAGCUGGAAACACAAAGCCCAGACCUGAAAGACCUGCUGAGCAGCUUGCAGCGUUGUCCAAGAGACCCUCUCCUUGAGCUCUCAGAAGCAAUCACCUACGCUCUUGACGCGUUAGAUGAGCUAACGAUGGAUCAGCUGCUGCUUUUGCUGGAGUCUUUGGAAGAGAAGAUUGUGUCCCAACAGCUUCAGCUGGUCAAGAGCAUCUUGGAACACAACUUGGACAAUAAGGAGGGGCGUUUCAGCGUGGAUGCCAGCUUGCUCUCCUUCUCACAAGAAAGGAAGGAAAAAUUAACCAUUGUAAUGGUUGAGAUGAGCGGCGUGAAGCUCCAGAAAGAUGGAUCCGCUGUCUAUGCGGAAGCGGCCUUCUCGGCCAUGGCAGCCCUGUACGUGUCUCUGUACGUCCUCAAUCUUCUGAGCAACUCAGAUUAGGUGCCUGGGGUCCUCUCAUUAGGGAUGAUUUAAAGGGAAUCACCUAACAAGGUAUCCGAAAGCCUCUCACAGCAAGCCAGUUUCUUCCUCCAAACUCUACCCCUGCAUAGGUGAGGCACUCCUCAUUAGUGCUUUCUGCCGGUUGGACACGGCUCGGUGUCAUGCUUUUGCCUGGGAUAGGGUUAAUUUUCUUCACCCGAGCUGGUACAGCGCCGCGUUUUGGAUUUAGUGGGAGAAUAAUGUUAAUAACACGCUGAUGUUUUACUUGUUGCUCAGUAGUGCUUAUACCAUGUUAUAUGCAACCAAUAAAGCACAAAGGACUAAAUCAGCAAUAAUUCA